UGGCUGUCCAUUCUCUCUAACUCGUCGAAUAUAAAAAUCCCUCUUUCCUGCUCAAAAGAAACCCAAUGGCUCGAUCUCUUCUUCUGAAAUUGUGGCCUCUCUCUAAUCCUUCAAUACCUUCAGCCUCUCCUCCUCCUCUUUUCCUCAGAUUCCAUCAAACCCACAAACCCUCACUCUUGACUUCUUCAAGAACGACAAGAAUAAAGCUCUUCUGUUCGUCGUCCACUGAAGUUAAUUACCUAACCCUGACGGACGAUGAGCUGAUGUCCCAGUGCGAUAUGGGAACCUUCAAGGCCUCAGGCCCCGGAGGCCAGCACCGCAACAAGCGUGAAUCCGCAGUCAGGCUCAAGCAUCUCCCCACUGGCAUCAUCGCUCAGGCAGUUGAAGAUAGGUCCCAGCACAAGAACCGGGCGUCAGCCGUGGUUCGUCUGCGCACUCUUUUAGCUAUCAAAGUUAGAAAGUCAAUAGAUUUGGAAGAAUACACCCCUCCUCUUGAGCUUCUUCAAAUUCUUCCUGCAAAGUCAACAAUAAGGGGACGGGAUGUUGGCCCUCAAAUUGGUCCUAAUAAUCCAAAAUUUACCCUGGGGAUGCAAGCUUUGUUAGAUCUAAUUUUUGCUGUUGAAGGCUCAGUAUCUGAAGCAGCAAAAAAAUUGGGGUUAAGUACAGGGGCCUUAUCAAGGUUGAUAUUGUCAGAUGAUUCUCUACGAAUGGCUGUGAAUGAGCUGCGGACAUCCAAGGGUAUGAGACCUCUUAAGUGAAUUCCUUUGUCUCCUCACUUGCGAAACCAUCCAAGAUAAGCGUGUGGGGACUUUCUUUGGCAAUAUAUGUUUUUGCCUUCUCCCUUAGUGAGACCUGAAGCUGCAGCUUUGGCUCUUACUAUGGUAUCAACCGAAGGAAUGAGCUGCUAGCUUGAUUUUCAAAUCCCGAUUAUUUGUGAGGCCUUUGCUAUUGUAGAAACUCAUGGAAAAGGCAUUCAGGACUUCUCUCGAUUUUUGUUAAGACUUCAGUCUGUUGAUUAUCUAUUCCAUAUAUUAUCCCUUUUCUCUGUCUAAUGAUAUUCAAUUUGAUGUAUUAUGUAUAUUAUGUUUACCGACAAGUGAUAUCUUGGGUGCCUUGAGACUUACGUGUAGAUUUACUGGAGGAUGUUAUCAAUUUGUUACCAAAGAGAGCAGUGAUCAUGUCUAAUUCAAUGUGUCAGUUGAUGUAUUAUGCACGAAA